GGGCUGCCGGGGACGGUGCGGGGGCUCGCGCCGGGCCAGCGUCCCCGACUGCCGCAUCCUGCCGAGCGACCCUGGAGUACAUGUCCUGAUGCCAGCCCAGCUGCAGCAGGGCAUCCCUCUGGGAGACUGAGGGGAUCAGCCCUGGGGUCCAAGCUGUGGCUGGCCAGCCCUGAGCCUUAGGCCAGGGGAAUGGCAUCCCUCCAGGAGCCCCUGGGCCAGGCUCCUGGGGAGGGAGAAGGACUUCUGAUUGUGAAGGUAGAAGACUGCUCCUGGGAGCAGGAAUCUGUCCAGGAGGUGGACAGCCGGGAUUCAGAAGCCUGCCGCCAGCGAUUCCGUCAGUUCUGCUACGGGGAUGUGGAUGGUCCACACGAGGCCUUCAGCCAACUUUGGGAGCUCUGCUGCCGCUGGCUGCGGCCUGAGCUGCGCACCAAGGAGCAGAUCCUGGAGCUGCUGGUGCUGGAGCAGUUCCUGAGCGUGCUGCCGGGGGAGAUCCAGGCCCGUGUGCGGGGUCAGCACCUGGGGAGUGGUGAGGAAGCUGUUGCCUUGGUGGAGGACCUACAGAAUCAGUCACUAAAAGCCUGGCCACAGGAUGUGCCCUCCGAGGAGGAGGAGCCCAAGGCUGCAGGCCCCGGCUCACAGGCCAAGGGGCCUCUCCUGAUGGCAGCAGUCCAGGGACAGCCGCCUGCAGCCCAGAAGCAGCACAGCCACUCUUUGCUUCCUGCUGUUUUUAAAGAGGGAUGUACCAGAGAGAUGGUCGAUGGCUGCUUUGCCUCUGGGGUCCAUCCGACUGGGAGACCUGAGCUGAGUCCUCCCUCUUUCCAAGGACCAACAGCAUUGGAAGACAUUGCUUUUUAUUUCUCCCAGGAGGAAUGGGGCUCCUUGGACCCUGCUCAGAGGGCUCUCUUCUGGGACAUAAAGAGGGAGAACUCACAGAACACCACCCUCAGUUUGGGGUCCAAAAGCCAGAGUGAGAGGCCCCCACAGGAAGAGGCGGGGACCGCAGUGUCACACCCGGCAGGCUGCAAGGUGACUGUGUCCUGGAACCCCGAGGAAGCCGAAGCCUGGGAGACCCAGCCAGGGGCAGCCCCGGGUGGGUUGGUGGGGGCCAGACGCGGGCGUCCUCCCACACGCCGCCGGCAGUUCCAGGAUCUGGCGACGGAGAAGCCGCACAGCUGCGGGCAGUGUGGGAAGCGCUUCCGCUGGGGCUCGGAUCUGGCCCGGCACCAGCGCACGCACACCGGGGAGAAGCCGCACAAGUGCCCCGAGUGCGACAAGAGCUUCCGCAGCUCCUCAGACCUGGUGCGACACCAGGGCGUGCACACGGGCGAAAAGCCCUUCUCGUGUUCGGAGUGCGGCAAGAGUUUCAGCCGCAGCGCCUACCUGGCCGACCACCAGCGCAUCCACACCGGCGAGAAGCCCUUCGGCUGCAGCGACUGCGGCAAAAGCUUCUCGCUGCGCUCCUACCUGCUGGACCACCGGCGCGUGCACACCGGCGAAAGGCCUUUUGGCUGCGGCGAAUGCGACAAGAGCUUCAAGCAGCGGGCGCACCUCAUUGCCCACCAGAGCCUACACGCCAAGAUGGCCCAGCCGGUAGGCUGAGCUGCCAGCGGGCACCGGAGCCACCCAGCAAGGCAGGCGCACUGUGACUCCACAGCUCCUCUUCCUCCACCCCCUGGGGACUCUCCACCUGUGUUCAACCACUGCCCGGCCUGCCUGCUCCCAGGGUCCUGCCGCCUUGUCGAAACCCCUUCAUUGUCCUGAUUUCUCUUGCACUCUAGUUGCCUGGAGCCUCAGCACUUUUCAGCGGGGCAUGGGGUAGUGGGAAGGCUCAGUUGUGGCCUAGGGUCCUUCCCUGGAACCCUCAGGCUAGCUUGGCCAGAGGCUGACUUCCCCGAUGGGUCGAUGGGCCAGGCCCUCUGCCAACCUGUGCCUUCCAGGAGGGGCUGGCCUCUGUCCCCAGGGGACGACUGGGCUUUGAGAGGCCUGUGGAAGAGGCCUUGAAGACUCCAUAUCCCAGGUGAAGCCGCAGUGGUUUUCUGACCUUCCCCUCCUGCUUCGCCUGCUCUCUCCUGCCCUGGCCACAGGAAGUUGUGUGCUUGCCCUGCUGAGGAGCCCUACUGGGCUCCUGCAGGUGCGGAGAUGGUAGAGUGGCUCUAGCAACUGGGGCCAGCCCUGGAGACCAGAAGCGGGGUGAGCAGAGGCGGCCUUCGUUGUACUUAACACUAGCACCCCAUCAGCACUUGCUGCUAACUCUUCAAGCACUGCAUUUCUUUUCCUUCCUCUUCCUCCUCCUCCGCCUUUUUCUUCUUACUGUUUGGUCUGCCUCAUGUACAGAUGUGCAUUAAACAGGGACAGGCCAGGGACCCUCCAAAGAGGCUUAGCCCAGUGGGCCCCAGAAAGGUUUGAAUAAACGUGGACACUUCC